AUGUCCGGGGAGCCAGUCUCGCUCAUCAAGUAUGACUUGCUAUUGUCGCAAUUGCAACGUAUGCGACUCAUGCAUGCCCAAGAAGAAACGGCCCAUUGCAGCGAUGUGGAGCAUACAACGCUCCAAUCAGGUGAUGAUUCUCUGGCGAUGUUUCAACAUGAACCGCUAUCGCGGCCAGCCCGACAAGUCCGACUAUUACGAAUUUCCGAAGGAGAUGAUGAUGACAAUUUGACCGUCGACUUGAUCACAUCGGACUUGAGCGAAGCCCCUGGAUACUUUGCGGUGUCCUACACAUGGGGAGAUGGACGGCAACACCAGCAGCUGAACGUCAACGACAAAGUCAUGUCUGUUCGACAGAAUUGUUAUUACGCUCUGUGGCAGAUUCACAUGAAGUAUCCAACGCAGCCAUAUGUCUGGAUAGACUCCCUUUGCAUCAACCAAGAUGACCUAGAGGAGAAAGCCUUUCAGAUACAACUGAUGGAAAGGAUCUUCAUACAAGCAAAAUCCGUGCUUGCAUGUAUCGGCCCUCACGCUGACGAUAGCGAGUUGGUGGUUGAUGCUGUGCGCAAGGCUAAAAAGCACGAUCCGAAGGCUGCUAGGGCUGCCAGCUUAGCGACCGUCCAUUUCGAGGACUCGAACAAGUUCCGCGAUUUCAUGAAUGGGGAGCAUUGGGAGACUUUCCUUGAAAGUAUGGACAAAGAUUCAUUGGCUAACCUCAACGCCGCCUUCCAGAAGUUAACGCGAAGACGAUAUUGGAAAAGGCUGUGGGUCGUCCAGGAGAUCGCCGCCUCGAAGCGUGCCGCCCGCGUGUUGAUAGGGGAAGACGACCUGACGUGGACAGACGUUGACCUUCUUCUCCAACUCAUGAGAGAAGUCGGUCGACAUGGAGUUAAGAGACACCUAUGGAAAUCCGCCGGCAAACAACAGUGGCAGCACCUCUGGAUACUGAAGACCAUGUUCCACCUUCAUGCUUGGAGUCUUUCCCUGGCCAUUUCUUUCACAUGGGACCGGGAGUGCCAGGAUCCUCGUGAUCACGUAUACGGCAUCCUUUCUCUGGUGAAGUGGACGAAACCACCGAUUCUACCGGAUUACAUCAAGUCACGGUUUGAUGUAGCGAUUGAAGCCAUCGCUCACUUGGAUCAGUGGUUUGCCAUAUUUGCCACGCUGCAUUUUGUGCGACUACAAGACGACGCAAGGUGCACGGAGAUGUUUUCUCCCUGGCGUCAGACAUGCAACGGCGGGCAGGAGAAGACAGACGUGCCACUCGACCCUUGGCAAAGUGAGCGGCUCGUUGUCGAAUUGAAUGGAGACUCGGGCUGCACUCAUGUUCUUGCGGGCGAAGAUGGCGUUCUGACGAUUCCUAUCAUGUACGCUGAAGCAUCGCCCCCAGAGACAACAGAACUGAAGAACCGAAUCUCAGCCGCGUACAUGAGCGCUUUCCAUCAAUGUAUCCGGGAAGGGCUAUCGAAACCCCCAAAGCUUCUUCGGUACCAGCAUCACACUGUGGCGAUAGUCUCUGGCAAUACAAAAGCCUCCGAUAUCGUGCUUCCUCUACUUUCGAUUCGAUUUGGCAAUUCCCCCGUCCUGAUCCUCAGGCGCAGCGAAAACGCCUUCCACAUCAUCGGGCAGGGAGGGACUCUGUGUUUCGGGCCAAGGUGCGCUUGA